AUGGAACGGGAUGACCAAACACCACCCUGUGGAGGCCAAAAAGUCAAAAGUGACACCUGGAGUGAUGUCUCGUACGAGAGACUCCCUUCUGAAGUGAGGAAUGAUCGCGGAAGAGACUUGAUCGCGCAGCUGUCUGAUAUAAACGAGAAUGACCUCCUUCCUGACCUACGCAACCUGUGGAUUACAUUCCAAUUACAUGAACUGGACGCAGGCGCUGCAUCGAAAAUGACCCAGGCCGCAGAGCUGGAGGCACAGUCAGCGGCUCUAGUGGCACAGGCUGAAGUGCACAAGUCUGAGGCUGCGAAGAUGCGAGUGGAUGCCGCGAGGACCUACGCAGAAGCGGCAGAGCUGCGUCUUCGCCGAGCACGGCGGGAUCUAGAGGCAUGGCUCUCCACAGAUAACAAGACAUAG